CAACUAUUUUCUAUUUUUAUAGUAUGCUUUUAAAUGGAUGAGCAGUAUACAUAUAGACAUGGCGAUCUGGUUUGCUAGAUCCAAAAACCUUGUUUCUAGCUUGAGACAUAAUCUGAAUUUGUCGGCGAUUCUCAACAAAUGCGAUUACUCUCCUCGUCCGAUCUUCUUUACAACAACUUCUCAGUUAUCUACCACGUCGUUUUUGAGUCCAGUCGCUAGCCUCCGUCAUGAGUCUACGGCCGUGGAGACACAGGCUGAUCAUUUGGUUCAGCAGAUUGAUGAAGACGAUGGUCAGGAAUUGGAUUUUCCGGGAGGCAAAGUCGGUUACACAUCUGAAAUGAAAUUCAUACCAGAAUCAUCUUCUCGGAGAAUUCCGUGUUACCGGAUUCUUAACGAAGACGGACGAAUUAUCCCCGAUAGCGAUUUUAUUCCGGUGAGUGAGAAACUCGCUGUUAGAAUGUACGAACAAAUGGCGACGCUACAAGUAAUGGAUCACAUCUUCUACGAAGCUCAACGUCAAGGAAGAAUCUCGUUUUAUCUUACGUCUGUCGGAGAAGAAGCCAUUAACAUCGCUUCUGCAGCUGCUCUCAGUCCUGACGAUGUCGUUUUACCUCAAUACCGAGAGCCUGGAGUUCUUCUAUGGCGUGGCUUCACGUUGGAGGAGUUUGCUAAUCAGUGUUUUGGGAAUAAAGCUGAUUAUGGCAAAGGCAGACAAAUGCCGAUUCAUUACGGUUCCAAUCGUCUCAAUUACUUCACUAUCUCCUCUCCAAUCGCCACGCAACUUCCUCAAGCUGCUGGAGUUGGUUAUUCUCUGAAAAUGGACAAGAAGAAUGCUUGUGCAGUUACAUUCAUCGGAGAUGGUGGCACAAGCGAGGGAGAUUUCCACGCCGGAUUGAACUUCGCGGCGGUAAUGGAAGCUCCGGUUGUGUUUAUCUGUCGGAACAACGGUUGGGCGAUUAGUACUCAUAUCUCAGAACAGUUUAGAAGCGAUGGAAUUGUUGUGAAAGGUCAAGCUUACGGGAUCCGAAGCAUUCGUGUGGACGGUAAUGAUGCACUCGCGGUUUACAGUGCGGUACGCUCAGCUCGAGAAAUGGCUGUAACAGAACAAAGACCUGUUCUCAUUGAGGCGAUGACAUAUAGAGUAGGACAUCAUUCUACAUCAGAUGAUUCAACUAAAUACAGGGCGGCCGAUGAAAUCCAGUACUGGAAAAUGUCGAGAAACCCUGUGAAUAGAUUCAGGAAAUGGGUCGAGGAUAACGGAUGGUGGAGUGAGGAAGAUGAAUCCAAGCUAAGAUCUAACGCAAGAAAACAGCUUCUGCAAGCGAUUCAGGCGGCGGAGAAGUGGGAGAAACAACCAUUGACAGAGUUGUUUAACGAUGUAUAUGAUGUUAAACCGAAGAAUCUAGAAGAGCAAGAACUUGGUUUAAAGGAAUUAGUAGAGAAACAACCUCAAGAUUAUCCUCCUGGUUUUCAUGUUUGAAUAUAGAGGAACUGUGAAGUUGAAGAUCUCAUUCACAUAUAUGAAUCAUGAUGUAUCUGUCUAUCGUGUAGAUAUCGACUUCUCAGUACAAACUAUGAAUCGACUAUGACUGUAGUGAGACCAGCAUUUGAAGCAUCAUGAAAUGGCCUUGAGAAUGUUAUUUUCAUGGUCCGGCUGACCCUUAACCGGUUCAAACCGGAGAUAGCGGCCUUAAUUAUAAAUUUAACUAUUUUUU